UUCUCGUACCAGAGGGUAGCCCAAUCGUUGGCUUGUUCCUCGGUUCGUACAGCCCCUGAUCUCCACAGGAGAUUCCCGUAGAAUGAGAUGGGUUUUCCCAUGAGAAGAUCCGUAUAUUCCCUGAACUCCUGCAGCAACGGCGCAUUUCCAUCGAUAAGGUUGUUCAUCUCGAUGGCGGUGGCGUCGAGCUCGACGUGGGUCAGAUCAUCUCUGGUUAGUGUGGAUUGCAGAGAAUCGAAGUCCUUGGAGAACUUCUCGAAACGGUCCAUGUAAGAUUUGCCUUUUUCGAGGAUCUCGUCGAUGGUUUGGUGGGCCAAGUCAUUGGCUGCAUCUCCAUGAGUGAUUUUGGCUACCUCUUCUGGGCAGGACAUUCUUUAUGUAGAGGUAUCGUUUUUUUGUUGAGGUUGAGAUUUU